AUGGCGUGGCCCUGCAUCAGCCGCCUAUGCUGUUUGGCGCGGCGCUGGAACCAGCUGGACCGCUCCGACGUGGCGGUGCCGCUGACCCUGCACGGCUACUCGGACCUGGAGAGCGAGGACCCGGGCCUGGGAGGCGCAGCCUCGCGCAGGGUCCUGACCCCCGCCGGCGGCCGGGACUCUGGCCGGGACGUGCCACUCACUCAGUACCAGCGCGACUUUGGUGUGUGGACCGCGCCUGCGGGAACUCGAGAUGCGGCGCAGGGACGCGGUCCGGGGGCGGGCGGCCGCAGGAGCAAGUCCUCGGCGCCCGGCGCCAGGGGGGUCUACGUGCUGCCCAUUGGCGAUCCGGACACCGGUGCAGCAGCGACCACGUCGUACAGACAGGAAUUUCAGGCUUGGACUGGAGUGAAACCCUCAAGACCCCCAAAAGCAAAACCAGCCAGAGUUAUCACAACCCACACCUCCGGAUGGGACGGCGGCACUGGGGCCAGCUUCCAGGUCCCUGAAGUGAGGAAGAAGUUCACUCCUAACCCCUCAGCCAUCUUUCAGGCGUCAGCUCCCCGAAUUCUCAACGUGUGACUGCGUCAGCAUGGAACGAUGGCUGCUGGAAUAUUGCUGAGAAAGGAGCCUGGCUCUGUCCUCUGCUUUCAGGAGGAGUGUGACUGCCCGGGCUGCGGGCCUGGCGUGGAGCACAGGUGCAGAUGGACCCGGCAUCACCAACUCCUCAGCCUCCCACAAAGUGUGUGGGAGGCUUCACAUCUGUUUUUAAUUGCCAUUUGGCCACUCUUCAGUUUUUAAAUUUGAAGAACCUGAGGACCAAUUCAAUUGUGAACCCAGCUGUCCAUGGGGCUGAGGAAUAUGGACGCAGCAGCUCCUUGGCCGAGCCAGUGAUGUCCACUUUGGGUGGUUUUCCCAGGAUGCAUGAGAAUUUUAUUAAUUUUAUAACCUAUAGUAAUCCCAGGUGAUAUCCUUGGGUCUUUCUGCGGUGGCCCAUGUUUCAGAACUCAGGUUCCCACCUGCAUGUGAUUCAUGAGAUGCUGAAUAGCCAAAAGAGGUUUCCAGAAGAAAAUAGUACCAAUCACAGGGUUUUGAUGUCAAAAACAUAAUUUCUUUAUAGCCAAGGUGGCCUUCAUGCUUCAACAAAACAUCUUGGGGUGAGUGAAAUAUUUAAAGACUAACAAUGACCAUGCGGUAGUUUUCUACAGGCAUAGCUCCCUAUUGUGUUUCAAUUUCCCCUAACAGGGAUGACUAAACCGAACAGCUGCACACACUGAGCAGGAAUUGGUGGCAUUUGCCUCACAUCAUUAAGAACCUUAGAACAUCAUCUCUACGGGGGUCCCUGCCCUCAGGCCUACUCUGCACACUUAGUGACAGGAGGCUCAUUAUUGCUGCAGGGACAGCUGCUCCCAUCUUUGAAAGGCUCUCCUGUCUUCAUAAAUUCUAGCCAGUGUGGCUGCGUGGAACAAGCAGGGUCUCUUCUUUGCACAGCAGCCUUUCAAACACUUGAAGGGGUCUUGUAUCCCUUCUUGAAAACUAGAGGCACAAGCUUGGGGCAGUUUUGGUAAGGAAAUUUGAGCAUUUCCUGUGGCUCUUCUUCCUCUUCAGCAGUGGCUCUGGUCUGCUGAACGGUAAGGCCCCAGGCGGUGGCACUGGUUUCAGAUCACAGCAGGCUCAGAGGGGCCAUUUCCAGUUCAGGCUGCCUGCCAGUGUCCCCUCAGAGGUGCUAGCUCUGGCAGGCAGGGCCCUCCCUCACUCCAGCUAAGGCAAUGCUCCGAUGACAGUCAUUUUAAAGGGAGAACAAACCAUAUGCUUACACAAAGGGUUCUACUGCUUUAGACUUCACUGGUUUGCAUGUUCUAUGUUUCUGGGCGGAGGAGACUGCCUGCUGGGCAUUCUGUGGGGGCCGAGCAGCUUAACUGUACAAUCUGACUUUACUAAAAUGCAAAAAUGCACGCUUUCAAUUUCUUAUUUUUUUAAAUUAUAAACAUGAGUCUCUCUUCACAUAUAUUGUCCCAUCUCUAAGUAAUGACUUUAAUGUGGCUCCUUCUAGUGUCCCUUGGAGGCUUAUAAAUGCUGAGCUCUUCUUACUGUGGGCUGCAGGUGAUACUGGUGUUGGUGGCACACAAAACCCACUAGCCUCCCUGCUAUGCUUCAAUCCUUCCCACUGCCAUUCUGGAAUCCAGGGACAUGGACCCAUGAUGCUAGUCUCAGGCUCAAACCCUGUUUCUUCAUGACCAGCUGGGACUGGAGGGUGCUUCCAUUUCUUCAUGUGGACAGUUAGCUGCCACAACUUCCCCCGCGCUGGCUGGCCAAGAGCCCUCAUGUUUGUGCACAGGGUGUGGGGGGUGGGGUGAGCUCCAUAUGGUAACACCAAGCACAGCUGCUGGAAUAAUUCUUUCCAACCUAAGCCCCCCUUCCCUGGGCACCUCUAUUCCUGCCUGUAGCCAUUAACACCCUGUGCCCCAUGCUGCACCCUGCCUGAGGUCACACUGUGCACCUGGCAGUGCUCUUUCCAUCCCAAAGCCAGCCUGGGAGGUCCAUGAUUCUUUGACUGUAAGGGACACAUCAGCUCUGUUGCACCUUGGCUGGGAAAAAGCAGGCCUUCCUGCACCAGAGGAGCUUGAACUCUGCCAGGCCAACUGUAUGCCAAGAACCUUCCUGCGAUGCGCCGCCCCACGCAAUGCCACACACAUCCCAUCUUCACAGCCUUCCCCAGGAGACUUCCCAGGUGCCUGAAGGAAGUCCCUCCCACUCACUCUAGGUCUGAGUAAAUCCUCACAUACCAAGUGCAUGACCCAAGAAUUGGCUGAGACAAGUCUCAGCUCUGUGCUUCCAACCCGUAUCUAUCUUAUGCACACAGACAGUGCCCGGGGACAGGGAGAAUGCAUUAUACUAGUAACAGGUUAUUAUCUCUAGGAGGGGAGUCAUGGGGAACAUUUUACACUUUAUUAUACUUGCUAAAAUAUAAUUAAGCAUUUUUGUAUUCUGUACAGAAAGUUUUUAAAAAUAAAUGCAAUUCAGUCUGUUCAGCUAA